UGUUAUUUAUUGUGCGGCUGUUGCACGCUGUGCCUGCUGCCCAGGCUCGGCGCAUGGGGCUUGCCCGGCUAGAGUACAGGGAGGGACGGGCAGGCAGACUCACCCGCGCUGGGGGAGCCCGUAGUGGGCACCGACAGGCCGUCUCCAGCGGAGCCCAAAGUUUUGCCUGCCGGAGCAGCAGCAGCCUUUGCUGAGGAGCUGUGUACUGGCGAUCAUUCACUCAGAGCCUCUCUCACUGCUAUCUCCCGUCAAUCUCCUGAGAACCACUUUCUGAGUGAUUCCAGCUUCCGAACAUGGUUCCCAUGGUAGGGGUUUUGAUCCCUUGCCAGAUUUGCCCUGAGCCAUGAGUGAAUAUGUGUAAUGCCCACAAGUAAAACUGAUUGGAAAAUACUUCAGAAGAACAUCAUCUUUGCGGAUGAAUUUCACUCAGCCAUAAAUAGAGAGGACUGUAAUGCUGUCUUGGUCAAAAGAGCAGUUACUGGGGUAAGAAGAGUGACCUUUUUGGGUGGCUGUAACUGAAGAUUGCUUUGCAGAAGCAACUAAAGUAGGUUUUUGAGUCAUGAUGCAAGAAUCUGGGAUUGAGACAAAAAGUAACGGUUCAGCUAUUCAGAAUGGAGCAAGCAGCGGCAACCAUUUACUAGAGUGCAGUCUACGGGAAGUGAGAUCCAACGGUGAGACACCUUCAGUUGAAAUUGGGGCUGCAGAUUUAGCACAUCUUCAGCAACAGCAGGCUCUGCAGGUGGCACGACAGUUUCUACUGCAGCAACAGCAGCAGCAACAAGUUAGUGGAUUAAAGUCACCCAAGAGGAAUGACAAACAACCAGCCCUUCAGGUUCCAGUGUCAGUGGCUAUGAUGACACCUCAAGUUAUCACUCCCCAACAAAUGCAGCAGAUCCUCCAGCAACAAGUGCUAACUCCCCAGCAACUCCAGGUCCUGCUCCAGCAGCAGCAGGCACUCAUGCUUCAACAGCAGCAGCUUCAAGAGUUUUAUAAGAAACAACAGGAACAGUUGCAGCUUCAACUUUUACAGCAACAACAUGCUGGAAAACAGCCUAAAGAGCCACAGCAACAGCAAGUGGCUACACAGCAGUUGGCCUUUCAGCAGCAGCUCUUACAGAUGCAACAACUGCAGCAGCAGCAUCUCCUGUCUUUGCAGCGUCAAGGUCUGCUAACAAUCCAGCCUGGCCAGGCUACGCUGCCUUUGCAGCCUCUUGCUCAAGCAUUUGCUGCCUUCCACUUCCAAACUGAACGUUACCCUCAUACAUUGAAAGGCAUGAUUCCAACAGAACUGCAGCAGCUCUGGAAAGAAGUGACAAGCUCUCAUACAGCAGAGGAAAUAGCAAGCAACAACCACAGCAGUUUGGACCUGUCCACCACAUGUGUCUCCUCUUCAGCACCUUCUAAGACCUCCUUAAUAAUAAACCCACAUGCCUCAACUAACGGACAGCUAUCGGUCCACACUCCUAAAAGGGAGAGUUUAUCCCACGAGGAGCACUCACAUAGCCAUCCGCUUUAUGGACAUGGUGUAUGCAAAUGGCCAGGCUGUGAAGCAGUUUGUGAAGACUUCCAGUCAUUUCUAAAACAUCUCAACAAUGAGCAUGCGCUGGAUGAUAGAAGUACAGCCCAAUGUAGAGUACAAAUGCAGGUUGUUCAGCAGUUAGAGCUACAGCUUGCAAAAGACAAAGAGCGCCUGCAAGCUAUGAUGACACACCUGCAUGUGAAGUCAACUGAACCAAAAGCCACCCCUCAGCCUCUGAAUCUGGUAUCAAGUGUCACACUGUCAAAGACGGCCUCUGAGGCUUCUCCACAGAGCUUACCUCAUACUCCGACCACCCCAACUACACCCAUCACUCCUGUCAUCCAGGGACCUUCUGUCAUCACUACCACCAGCAUGCACAACGUUGAACCAAUCAGGAGGCGGUGCCCUAAUAAAUACAAUGUGGCCAUUUCUUCAGCAGAUCUUGCUCAGAACCAAGAAUUUUAUAAGAACGCAGAGGUUAGACCACCAUUCACGUAUGCAUCUUUAAUUAGGCAGGCUAUCCUCGAAUCUCCAGAAAAGCAACUAACACUAAAUGAAAUCUACAACUGGUUCACACGAAUGUUUGCUUACUUCAGACGCAAUGCAGCGACAUGGAAGAAUGCAGUGCGUCAUAAUCUUAGUCUUCACAAGUGUUUUGUGCGAGUAGAAAACGUUAAAGGGGCAGUAUGGACAGUGGAUGAACUAGAGUUCCAAAAACGAAGGCCACAAAAGAUCAGUGGUAACCCUUCUCUUAUUAAAAACAUACAGACCAGCCACACCUACUGCACACCUCUCAAUGCUGCUUUACAGGCUUCAAUGGCUGAUAAUAGUAUACCUCUAUACACUACUGCUUCCAUGGGAAACCCCACUCUGGGCAAUUUAGCCAAUGCUAUGAGGGAAGAUCUUAAUGGUGCAAUGGAGCAUACGAACAGUAAUGAGAGUGACAGUAGUCCAGGACGUUCCCCUAUGCAAGCAAUGCACCCUGUGCAUGUCAAAGAAGAACCGUUGGAUCCAGACGAAAACGAAGGCCCGCUAUCCUUAGUGACAACAGCCAAUCACAGUCCAGAUUUUGAUCAUGACAGAGAUUAUGAAGAUGAACCUGUAAAUGAGGACAUAGAAUGAGUAUGUCUGACGUCAUUAUCCUGAGAAUGAAGAUUGGAAAAACACGUCAAAUUUAGCUGUGAAAUCUCUCCAUUAUUGUACAGUCUGGAGGAUUUUCAGUACACUUUGACAACUAUGAAAUAUGUUAACUCUUAGUGCCAUCAAGUAUCCCAUUUGGGAGUAUUUUUGAUUUUUCUACUUUUUGUUGAAAAAAGGAAUUUGUACUCUGUGCAUUGGAUGGACUUGUUUGGUACUUGGGAUUUUCCUCUCUUACAGUCAACAUCAGUGUUGUAAAUUUGCUAAACUGAUUCACUUACUCACAUUUAGCAGCAGGUUUUGGACUGCAGUCCUGCCAAUUUUGGACACUGAGGACAUCAAACUCUGAGCAUGUACACCUAAACUGCAGAUCAAGCCUUUGCCCAGAUUUUAAGGAUUCCAAUGGACAACAUAUUUGCACAGUACUGCAUGUUGGUUAUCACUGCCUUUACUCCUUUUUUUUUUUUUUUUUUUUUUCUUCUUUGCUUCCAUUUGGGAUGGGGAAGGCAUGUGUGUGUGCGCGCGCGUGUGUGUGUAUGUGUACUGGCGAGGGGUUACAAGAAAUAUUAUCCCAAACUUUUUAAUGUAUUGCUUUUAUUCCCACCCCCACCCCCUUCUGCUCUACCAUUUUAAGUUCUGACCUCAGGCCACAUCUCGGCCCAGGGCCUUUUGAAGGCCUAAUGUUUUCUGUACUUUGUGAUGAAUGUUAAUAGGUGUUUUUAUUAUACGAAGCUGAAUGUCAUUGAAUUGUUUGUAGUUUUUUCCGUCAUUCAUUCCAGUCUCCUUCAGAUGCCACCAUGUUUUCUUUAGCUAUGGAAAACAUUCCAUUUUGGUGUCUGUUUUUUUUAAAAGGUCCCAAAUGCUGCACUGUACACACCGAAGGGUCGUCCAACAGAGAGAGAGAGAAAAGAAGUACUGUAAGAAUGAGAAUGAAUGACAGAUGAACACAAAAAUACUGUAGGAAGCAACAUAAAUUCAUUCCACAAAGCAGUGUUUUUUUUAUUUUUGGUUUUGGUUUUUGAUUUUUUGGCAGCAAUGGUGAAUAUUAGCAAAUGCCACAAAAUUGAACAGCACAAAGAAACAUAUGCAGCACCAACAGAAUUCACUUCAUUAGAGAAUGAAUACUACAGUGGCAGGCUCUCAGUUGUUUAACAUGAGUUUUAAUGGGCCAACAAAUCUUUCUGGAAUAUCUAAGAUUACCAAGAUGGGUACCUAUACAUUUAUUAUUAUUUUUCAUUUGCGAAUAGUGGUUGGAAAGAUGACUUCAUUAAACUGUUGUAAUACAUGGCGAUGUUUCUCAGUUAAACAUCAGUUCAGGAUUGCUUGGUGGCAUUAAUCUGUUCGAAUACAAAUUAGAUUUCAGAUUGAACUUGUUAUGGCAGUUAAUAAGGACUGAGCCCACUAAUGCUAAAGUGUUAAUAAUUUCAACUGUGCAAAUUCUGUACUGCAGUUAAGAUUGUUAUGCAAUAUUACACCAGCCAGUAUCAAAACCUCACAGUAGAAAACAGUAAACAGUGGGAUGGGGGGGAAGGAAAUAGCACUGGGGCUUGUUUGGUAAAACUAGCAGUGCUCUUCAAAGCAAACAUUACAUACAGAAAGCUGUUGUUACAGGUCAGUACACCUCAGUCACCAAACACCUAAACACUUUCAUUCUGCAACCACUUUUCUGUCACUCAUUUAUUUAUGUAGGACUGUAGCUUUUUGUUUAAUUAUUAUUAUUUCAAAAAAAGCCUUUCAGAGCUUAAUUUAUAUUCUUCUUUGUACCUUUCCCCCCCUAAAAUUACCAAAGAUAUUACACAAAGGUAAAUUAUGUUCUCUAUUAUAUGCUUUAUCUUAUGAAGCCAAAUAUCCUCUUAUUGUUGAUCAAGGGAGGUUGAAGAAUUUAGAGGGAAAUGACAAGAUAUGGGCUAUUGCUAACCUGAGAGGGAAACUGCUCCUUUAUUCUAGUAAAUUUAGAUGGCCAAGCAGAUGACUGAACCAAAGUUACUUUUUAUUCGUAUUCCUUUACAGCGACCAAACCGAAAUUCUGUAAAGAGAAAUCGAGAAGAGCUUUUGGACUAAAACUAGGAAACAGUGUUACAGGGGGAGCCAUAAGAAGGGAGCUGGAGAAAGCAAGUGCAGUUAUUGUGCAGAAAAUUGGAGUAUCAAAUAAAGGAGACAGUUUAAUAAAAUACAAAAGAGAACAGAAAAGCUCCCACAAUUUUACUGGACCACAUAAUAGUAUUCCUAGAAUUUAAAAAAAUAUAUAUUUUUUGGGGUCUUUGUUUUUACAGAUUGUAUGCCACUUUUGUUUAAGGAUUGUGCUAAAAUGACUGCUUUAAUUUUGGUUUAUCUUGGCACAUUUGCUGAGUUUUGUUUAGUUUUUGAUCAGCAUUUUUCAUAAGGAAAUAACACUCCUGUCCACACAUAAGCUUUGGUACAAGAAAUUUUAUUGGCAGUUACUUUUCUGAAGUUCAACUCUGCAUUCUGUUUUUAAAAGAGAGAAAAGAAAAGGGGAAAAAAAGGGCAGUCUGUGGUCAUUUGAAACUUUUUUUUUUUUUAAUUAUAUCCAGGCAGCUUCAUGAUGUGCCGGCAGUAGCCAGAUGGGGAUCAUGAGAAGUGGUCCCUGUGCUUCUAAACUGAGUGGUUCGCUGGUUAGUUCGGUAUUCAAAAGAGGAUAAAAAUCUGGUAGAUUAGUUCAUUCUCAGCAUGUGUAGCUAGACAUGAGUAAAGAUAACAGCAUGAGAAACUGUUAGUACGCAUACCUCAGUUCAAACUGUUAGGGAAUGAGUAAAUAAAAAAUACAUUUCACUCAGUUGCACUUAGUUGUAUGUCUUGCAUGCUUAGUCUAAAGACUGUAGCAAAAUAAAGAAAGAAAAAGAGAAAAAGAAAUAAACAUUAGAUUUUAACAUAUCUGGCAGGUGUCACAGCCUUGCAGAAGAACCAACUGAAAAUCUCAGGCUUUACAUCAAGCAAACUUCACUAUGAUUUUUACAGUUCUGAUUCUGUAUCCCUUUGGAUAUACAGUUGCUUCUUUAGGGUGGGGUUUAUUAUGUUGUACAUAUAUAUCCCAAUGUGUCUGUGUGAGCCUUUGUCUUUUUUGGGGGGGAGGAGGGAGAAAAGGGGAAAAGGUCCUUUUUUUUUUUUUAGAUACCAUUCCUCAAAAGGAAUAAAUGCAUACCUGUUUGUCAAAACACCUUUUGCUUUUUGUGCAACUGCUUUAUAUUAACUAUACUAAAAAAAAAAUAGCUUUGGAAAAAAAAACUACUGUAUGUAAUGGAAUUGCAGAAUAUGCUGCACGUGUAUUUUAUUUAGUUAUCCUUGCUUUAAGAAUAUUGGAUGACAUUGCUGACAUGUGGGAGAAAAUCCCUGACUUUUUUUUUUUUUUUUUUUUUUUUGCUUUUAAAUUGUAACAUAGUUGACAGAUUAUUUUUUUCUCCUGUUAUCAUUGAUCGAAGCCUCUUUUGUACAGUUUGUGUUAAGCUGGGGAAUUUUUUUGUUUGUUUGGGUUUUUUUAUACUUUCCCACCCCUUCUGUUAUCUUACCACUGCCAUUUCUGGCUGUCUUAAACAAAGGUUCAUACAUUUGAAAAGU